AAUGUACCCAAAAAUAAAAGCAUGAAACUAAAUUGAAGGAUAUUUUAACCCUAAAAGACUCGUCUUUUGCUGGCAGUCUUCAUGGCGAACCGAGCGGGCUCUUCAUCGUCACGCCUGGAAACCCUUCACGAAGAAGAUGAUUACGACUCAUACGGCGCCGAAUCAGGAUGGGUGGAAGCUAAAACGCACUGUGAUCACUUGCCUUCCCUAUCUUCUGAUCUCACUCACAUUCCAAUCCCUAGCACUCCCUGCAGCAGGUGCCAGCACCCAAGUGAGAAUUGGUUAUGCUUGUCCUGCAAAGUUGUGCUUUGUAGCCGUUUUGUGAAUAAGCAUAUGCUUGAGCAUUAUCAGCAAACAACCCAUUCCAUAGCGCUCAGUUUUAGUGACCUGUCAGUUUGGUGUUUUGCUUGUGAUUCUUAUCUCGAUGCUCAAUUGAUUCAGCAACUGCGACCUUUUCAUGAGACAGCUUACAUAUUGAAAUUUGGUCAAGCCCCUCCUUUUCGGUCUGUUGAAUCUUCUCGGGUGGACGAUAAACCGGCCAUGGAUGUGCCAUCAAGCAGUUGAAUCUGGUAUGGUUUAGACCGAAGGGCUGUAAUGGCAAAAGAAGGCUAGUUUGGAAUUGAAUCAAACAAUAAAUUAGUUGAAUUUAAUUAUAUGAGUUCUGUUCUAUGCAUACUGAUGGCUAGAAAUAGAUGGCUUUUUCAGGUUCA